CAAAAGAUCGCUGUCAUUUUUGUCACUAUUUUCUGUGUGCGAUUGUCUGUUAAUUGAUGUCCAAUAAAAUAUGGUUAUUGAAAGAGUUCACUUGUAGUUCGCUUUGAUUAGCCUUGAAAGAAGAAUCUAGUACUUGUAUUGAGAAGAUUGCUUUUUAUUGUGCAUAAAAAUGUCGAAGGAGAAAGCUGAAACUAAUGGUGAUUGUGCAGCGGUCAUAGAGCAAACAAAUGAAAAACGAAUUGGUUGCACUCAUUACAAGAGAAGAGCUAAAUUUGUGACGCCAUGCUGCAACAAGUUCUACAUGUGCCGAUACUGCCAUGAUGAGAAGGAGCAGCAUUACUUCAACCGCAAAUCAGUGACGGAGCUCAUCUGUACAGAGUGUGACACAAGGCAGAAGGUGCAGGCAGAGUGUGAGAACUGCGGUGUCAGGUUUGGAAAGUAUACUUGUUUGAUAUGCAACUUAUUUGAUGAUGAGGAUAAACGUCAAUACCACUGCGAAGGAUGCGGUAUCUGCCGAGUGGGUGGUCGUGACCGGUUCUUCCAUUGCGAGCGCUGCAACAUGUGUCUACCGGUGCAGCUGCAGAGAGAUGGACACAGGUGUGUUGAAAAUGUAUCACGGUCAAAUUGCCCUGUAUGUCUGGAGGAUAUUCACACGUCUCGUAUCCCCUGCCACAUCCCUGACUGCGGACACUUGCUGCACCGGCCCUGCUUCGAGCAGCUGCUGCAUUCAGGACACUAUGCCUGCCCCACGUGCCAGACCAGCAUGAUUGAUAUGUCCAAUCUAUGGACAUACCUGGACUCUGAGGUGGCAGCGACUCCCAUGCCGCCAGAAUACGCGGACUACAAGGCAACUAUACUCUGCAAGGACUGUCACAAGCUGUCGACGGUGAAGUUCCAUGUGGUAGGUCUGAAGUGCCAGCACUGUGGUGCCUACAAUACCUGCCAGACCAACGGAUUUCACAAAGAGUCUGGCAGCUCUGAGACAGCCGAGCCCUCUGCCUCUUCCACAUCCACGGCCCCUGCAACACCACCAGCCUCCGCCGCCUCCUCCGCAGCCGCUUCCGGCAGCUCCAGUAGCUCCAGCAGCGAUUGCUCACUGCCUCGCGCCUCGCCACUGGACGAGCCGCCACAAGCCUGACGCGCCAUCAUUGGCGACACUGUUUGCUGCGCCAUCUAUUUUUAACUACCGACAACUAUAAUUGCUAACAGCUCCAUCUAGUUACAUUUCGUGACAACUUCAACUUUGUUGCAGUGCCAUCUAGUGACAACUGAUAGUUACUAACAUUAAUAGUAAGCAAAUGCAAGGGCUGAAAUAAAAGUGGGUUUAUUUUAUCGUCUUGUGUCACACAAUAAUAUUAAUAACAGAGGGGUCGUGGUGAGAUCUCCAGUUGAUACCACGAAGUGUGGGUUUUAAUUUAGGGCGCAAUCUAGUAACAACAUGUUAACUGUCCGUCCCACAUGAACAUACGCACAAACAUAUUUUACGAUAUAGAUACAAGGAUUAGAAUUAGCGUCAAUCAUCCGUACAUAAUCCUACUUGACGUAUUUGAAGAUAGCAAAUAUAUCGUUGUCUCCUUUUAUCUGAAUAUAAUAAAAGAGUACACACUAUGUUUUACUGUAUGCUUUUCAACGGUGAUGAAUUUGUUUUCGACUAAGACACAAUGAAUGAAAUAAUUCACUACAUAGACAAAUCUAGUAAAUAGAUCUAUAAUAUCUAUAGAAAUGGAUUACAUUAACAAAAAAAAUAGAUAAAAUAUAAGAAGAAACUUAACGCAUCCUAGAUAUUGUUUGAACAUUCUAGAUCAAUUAGUAAAUUAGACCUGGCGUUCCGCAGUGCCUGCAAACUAUGUUUUUGUAUUUGUACAUUAUGUAAUUUAGUAAAUAAGCUUCAUUUAUGAUAUAUAAAUAGUUAUUAUAAUUUAUUUAUAAGGUACAUAAGGUUUUAAAUAUGCAUAGAUUUAGGAAUAUUACGGACAUAAAUAUUUUUCCAUAGUUUUUUUUUACGACCGAAGUUCGAAUGAAAAACUAACGCAGCUAUGUGUUGUUUGUAAUUAUAAAAAAAUACUAGUUUUAUUCUGCAACUUUGCGUAUGUAUCAUUUAUAAAAAUGUUUAAUACUUCGUAAAUUUUUUCAUGUUUUCAUGCGACUCUGGUUUUAUUGCGUUUGUUUUUAAUAUAUCAAGAUAUUUGUGAAUAAGAAUUAUUUUAAUGCGUUUCAAAUAAGAAUGUAUCAACCGCCGCCAUAUCAUAACUCUACAAAAAAAUAGAGUUUCUCAUUCAGAGCAUAAUUUAAGUUACCCAAGACCCUUUCCUUAUGGGAAGGGAAAGUGUGACGGAGGAGGGGACGCAAAGAAUUAUGUCCCCUUCCUUUGCCUUCUCUCCUCCGACAUAAUUUAUCUGUCAAUUCGCUAUUUCGGCGAAUUUAGGUGUAAUGCUUGUUUUUAACUUUAUGAUAUAAAAAUUGCUAAGUGAAAAUAUUAAUUUUUAUUUUGAAUGCAAUUUAAUGCGCUGUUAAAAAAUAAAGUUUACGCAAUUCUUUGAGAUUUGGCAGAUAAAAGUGUAUAUUCGUAUUUGAAACUUACUAUAAAG